CUUCGGAUAUGAGAUAUUUGUCUCCUAAAAAAUACUUUGAUAGUACUGUUUUGAGUGAGUUCGACUUUAAGGUGGAGUUUGCUUGGCUGAGAGUUGGCAUUCUUUUUAUUCGAAUGCUAAACCUGAAGAAAAUAUUGCCCCGGAAAAAUACACUAUUUGUUGGUCAUGUGGUGAAUAACUGAACAAUAAUUGCUUGAUUUGGUGAACAUCAUCUGGCUUGAUUUGGUGAACAUCAUAAAUAUACACAAGUUUUGAUUCUCAGACCGGGUUUUAUAAUGCUCAUGAUUUUAAAAAAAUGUUCACAAAUUUAAUUAAUAUUCGCAAAAUGAAACGGGAAAAAAUAGGAAAAAGAAGAAAGAAAAUUAACAAAAUGAAAAAGAAAUGUCUGGUGACAUCUCGACUGCAGUUACAAGGACAUCAUCGCUCUCCGCGGUUGCGAGCUAGGCUCACGAUACGCCAUCGGUUUGUGUAGGCCGGAUGAAUUCUUUCUGUUAGGGGUAUUCUUCGGAUCACGAACAGCUUCGGACUCGGCGCACACGUACCUAAUUAAAGUUGCCACGAUCAUCUCUUCCAAACCAAACUAACCCACGAGGCGUUGCACUUCCGAACUACCCCCGACCAGACCAAUUCGAUCACCGGCACCGCCCGCCGAUUUGAUCGCCAUGGCACCUGAAACCGAUCACCACGGACGCGCCGAUCACGUCGUGCUGUUCCCGUUCAUGGCGCAGGGCCACCUCUCGCCGUUCCGCUGCCUCGCCGCCCUCGUGCGCCGCUGCCGCCCCGACGCCCGGGUCACCGUCGUUGCCACCUCCGGCACGGCCGACUCCCUCCGCGCCCACCUCGACGACGAAGGCAUCUCCGUCCACGCCCUCCCCUUCCGCCCCGCCGACGCCUCCCGGAAGCUCAUCGACCUCUUCCUCGCCUCCGAGUCGCUCCGCCCGGCGUUCCACCAGUUCAUCGUCGGUCUCAGAAGCUCCGACCCCCGCGCCAACGUGCACGUCGUGGCGGACAUGUUCCUGGCAUGGACGGUGGACGUAGCCCGCGGCGACCCCGGCGUCACGCACUCCGUCCUGCUCACCACCGGUGGCUACGGCUCGGCGCUUUACUUCUCGCUCUGGAACAGCGUCCCGCUUGUUCCCAACGUUGACAAUGACGGGUGCUUCCGGCUGUCAAGCUUCCCGGACAUCUGUGUCCACCGUUCGCAGCUCACGGAUCACCUCGCGGCGGCCGACGGCGGCGACGCGUGGUCCACCUUCAUCCGCAGGCAGAUCGCCGCCUUCUCCCGCGCUGACGCGAUGCUCGUGAACACCGCCGAGAAGCUGGAGCCCAAGGGAUUAAGCAUGCUCCGGCGAUGGAUCAACAAUGUCCCGAUAUUCCCGGUCGGGCCGCUGCUUCGGGCGGCAAGUUCGUCGUCCCCGGAGACGAUGACGAGUAGCCCUAUCUUGGCGUGGCUGGACAAGCAACCGCCGGGCUCGGUCCUGUACGUGUCGUUCGGGUCGCUGUACACGAUCUCCGCGUCGCAGGUGGAGAUUCUGGCGCACUCAGCCACGGGCGCCUUCCUGACGCACUGCGGGUGGAACUCGGCGCAGGAGAGCCUCGCCUGGGGCAUGCUGAUGGUCGGCUGGCCGCUCUCGGCAGAGCAGUUCUACAACGCCAAGUUCCUAGCGGAGGAGAUGGGGGUGUGCGUCGAGCUGGCGCGCGGCGCCGCAGCGGCCGUGACGAGGGACGAGGUGGCGGAGGCGGUGGAGAGGGUGCUCGGCGAGACGUCUAGAGUGAGAGCCGCAAUGAGACGGAAGGCCGCGGAGAUGAAGGAGGUGAUCGACGCCGCGACGGACGGCGACGGCGAGGAGUCGUCGCUGGGAGUGACGCGGAGGUUCUUGGACGCGAUGGCGCGUACGUCGUCAUGCUCUAGAAGCUAAAUGGGAUCGUAGUAGACGCCACGGCCGGUCCGAUCGGCUGCAUUCGAUCAUGAGUUUUUUCGUGUGGUAUCAGAUCAAGCUGUAUACUUGAGCUUAGAGCCUUAUUUGUUUGAGAUUCUUGCCAAGUUUCAUCAAAAAAUAACAUCCGAGUUGCUCUCAUCGAUAAAAA